UGUCCUGGUUAAUUCCCUGUAGAAAUCCAGUGAUGUCUCUGUGGGAAAGCAGCAGCCUGAGGUCAGAUUAAAACAGGAAGAGGCCAGUUGGCCAUGUGUGAGCCAGUUUGGAGUUAGGGCUUAGAGACAGAUCAGUGUCAGAGGGUAUAAAAACCAGCUCAAACAUAUAGUCCGUCACACAGAUACUUUACAGCAAGUCGUCUCUUACUACAGGACUGGCAUGUCAGGAAAUACAAACUAGGAGAAAAGUUGAUUUGCUUCAAGAAUCAAAAGGAAGUUAAGGAUCAAAGAUCCACCCGACACAGCGGACGUCUGCUCUGCAUCUCCUGCACGUCUCCCUUGUUUCUUUUGCGGUCUACUCUGAAUCAGCAGCCAUGGUCCUGGAGGAGAACGAGUGUGACUCCGUCUUUGAGCCCCAAAUCACUGAGGAGCAUGUGGAGACUCUGUUUGGGAACGUCCACUGCGUCAUGACUGGGACUCCAAGGGCAAACCGCCCCGUCAUCCUGACCUUUCAUGACAUUGGACUGAACCACAAGACCUGUUUUGAGACUCUGUUCAACCAUGUGGACAUGCAGGAAAUCCUCCGAAAUUUACCUAUUUGUCACGUUGAAGCACCAGGACAACAUGAGGGAGCCAAAACUCUCCCGACUGCGUAUACCUACCCUUCCAUGGACCAGCUGUCUGAAACACUGCCUGCUGUCCUCAAACACUUUGGGUUGCGUAGUGUGAUUGGACUGGGAGUUGGAGCAGGAGCCUACAUCCUGGCGCAAUUUGCUCUGAAUCAUCCAGAUAUGGUGGACGGAUUACUCCUGAUCAACAUCAACCCCAACCCUGAAGGAAUAAUGGAUAGUGUUGCAAACAAGAUCACUGAGUGGACCCACACUCUCCCAGACACAGUCAUCUCACACCUGUUUGGAAAGGAUGAGAUCCAGAACAACCACGACCUCAUUGCUACAUACCGUCACCACAUCACAACAACCAUGAACCAGUCCAACGUCAUGCAGUUCUUCCGCUCCUACAACAGCCGCAAUGCUCUGGAGGUGGAGAGGCCUGUUCCUGGAGGAAACAUCAAUGUCAGGACACUCAAGUGCACCACUCUGCUGGUCGUAGGAGAUAAUUCUCCUGUAGUGGAGGCCGUGGUCGACUGCAACUCUAAACUCAACCCCACCAAGACCACACUGCUCAAGAUGGCGGAUUGUGGAGGACUUCCUCAGGUGGAUCAGCCAGGCAAAGUGACUGAAGCCCUCAAGUAUUUCAUCCAGGGCAUGGGAUACUUGUCCAGUGCCAGUAUGACCAGACUUCGCUCACGGACAACCUCCAGCUCCAGCAUCUCAUCCUUCGAUGGCUCUCGGAGCCGGGCACACACCAACGAGCUGCACCGUGGCCGGACACACUCACAUGCCACCGAGGAGAAGCGCGGGCGCUCGCACACUGACGUCUCCAUGGAUAGCAUUUCCAACAGUAAUGUGGAACACAGCAUCUCAAAGUCCACUGAAGUGGCAUACUAGAGUGCAUCCUGCCCUAAAUCCCAUGCACUUAAUUCAAAUUAUACCUCAUUGUCUCUACCCAGCUUUAUCCUACAAGCUUCCUUUGCUUUCCCUUAUCUAUCCCUCUUCAUUUGGCAAUGCCCUUUCAAUUGCACUAUCUCUAGCUGAAAGGUCACAGGACAUACCUCCAUGUGACUUUCUUGCAGCCCUCUUUUCUCUCUCUCCAUCCCACUGUAUAUGUACCUAUCCAUCAUCAAUUUAACUAUCGUUUCCUUACCAACUCAGCCUCUUCCUCGCUUUAUCCUGCACUUGACUGUUCCUCUAUGUCUUUAACUGUAUCCGUCUUUGCUGUGUUUUCUUUCUUUCCCCGUUUAUAUAUUUGUCUUUGUCUACUUUACUUUUUUCUUCUUCUUUUCUUCCCUUAAACACUGAUCUGCUGACUUCCUAUUGUAUAAUCAUUAUGUAAAGAUACAAUAUUUCCUACUGUGAAAACUGGAUAUUCAUAACUGUAGGAAUGUGUAUUGGUUUUAUGCAACUGUCACAGCUGUGUAUUAUUGAUAUCAGGAAUGUGUUAUGAACACACAGUACAUUGUAGUUCACAAUGUGUUUUAAAUUGGACUUGCUUUGGGUGUUCUGUGUAUAAGCAAACGUUCAACUCAAUCCUUAAAACAGAUGACUUCAUGUAAGUGCUAUGUAAGUGCUUUCAAUCAGUGAUUAAACAUUUUACUGU